GUUCACUGGGGCAGAGGCCGUGGUGAUGGGCGACGUGACCUACGGGGCCUGCUGCGUGGACGACUUUACCGCACGGGCCUUGGGAGCGGACUUCCUGGUCCACUAUGGCCACAGCUGCCUGAGUACCUACCUGGGAGACGGGCGCUUCCACCUGGAGUCCAUCAUGAUCGCCAACCCCGGCAUUCCCGCCUACAGGUACGAUCCGUACAGCAAGGCCUUCUCCCAGGAGCUCUACGCCCACGAGCGCAUGCAGGAGUCGCGGAAGGCAGCCAUCCACCGGGCGGCCCGUGCCCACAAGUGGGGCCUCAUCCUGGGCACCCUGGGACGGCAGGGGUCUCCGGCCAUCCUGCAGCACCUGGAGUCGAGCCUGCAGGCGGCAGGGCGUCCCUACGUCCGGCUUCUCCUCUCAGAAAUCUUCCCCAGCAAACUGGAGCUGUUUCCAGAUGUUGAGGCGUGA